AUGGAGUUAUUACAAAAGUUCAAACAGAAUGGGUACUUUACAGCCGAUUUGUACCAUCUCAUCGCCCAGAAGAAGUCGAUGGGACAUUCGGAAGAGUUCCAGAUAAUCCCAUCGGAUUAUAUCAGAGAAUUGAAAAUGUCAACAUUGGAACGAUUACAGUCCUUACAUGCGAUACAAAUCGACAAUUAUGUCAUUUCCGGAAGCAAAAGUAAUAAAACUGUGUUGUCCUUUUCACCGAAAGUCAUUGUCUUCCAAAAUUUUAAGCCGAACGAUAAGAUUGUUGCCAAGUUUUCAGUUAAGAAUAUAAGCAAGGCCCCUACGUUCCUUAAUAUGGUUUUCAAAGAAUCAUCAUAUUUUUUUAUUAAGCCAUGUGGAAACCAGCUAUUAUCUAGGCUGGCCCCUGGAAUAAGUGCUACUUUUGCUAUUACGUUUCAACCAGCUCAAUAUGAAGAUUAUACCCAUCGGGUAACUUUCUAUACCGAUGUUGACCAGUACAUUGUACCCUUAAUAGCAAUGGGACCGCGACCGAUAUUUGACUUUCCAGAUAGCGUGGUUAUUCCAAAAACUCCACUGAAAGUAGAAAAAGAUAUUUUAGUAUCGUUGCGUAACGUUGGUACAGUGCCUGGAGGAUUCACUUUAUCUACGAGAUGUCCAUUUUCGGUCCAACCCAAAUCUGCGUACUUGAAUCCUAGUCAAAAAGUUGACGUACGAAUUGCGUUGAAGACAAUGCGCUUGGGCGAUAUAAAUAGCACAUUAAACGUUAUUUUUGAAUCAGGUGAAAACUUCAAAAUAAAUUUAUCGGGACAUACGUACACUGUGAGCGUUGAGUUGGAGAAACAAGUAGUGAGAUUUUUCGAUACAUAUAAUACAUUAGUUCGACAGCAGACGUUCAAGAUUACUAAUAAAUCCGAUCAUAUAUUAUCAUAUAUGUGUCUGAAGAAUGAGUGUAUUUAUUAUGAUUUUGAAGAAAAGGUAAAAUUGGCAUCUGUAUUUUAUAAUUUAAAAGACCUCGAAUCCGGGAAAUGCGAGAAACUAGUUUACUAUGACGUGUUGAGUAGUGACGAACAUGAGCGGGUUUACACUAGGAUAUUCUAUGAUGAGAUCCAGGCUUUGGUCGCAGAUGAAUCUUUGCAAUAUCAGGAUAAGCACUUUUCAAUAACACCUAUUUACGGCAAAUUAUGGCCUAAGAAAUCAACAGAAAUAACAAUAGCGUUUUCACCAAAAGAUAUUGGGGAAUUUAGCACAAUCGCGUAUUUGGACAUAGACGGGGUGAACGACCGCGUUCCUCUCAAGAUUGUCGGCACAUCUUUGCCGCCUUCCAUAAACCUAAAUUUAGAGACGCUGGACAUGGAUUGUGUGUAUAUAAACAAGAAAUACGACUAUGAGAUUGUCUCUAUAAACAAAGGUCAUAUCAAUGGUGUAAUAGUAUAUAAAAACGUUCCUCCUUUAUUUGGGAGCAAAAUUACGUGCACGCCAUCAAUGCAUUGUUUGAGACCAGGAGAAAAAGAUAUAUUUGUUAUUUCAUUUUGCAAUUCAAAUCAAGGGCCGUUUUUCGAGGAAAUUAAUUUCGCUAUACGCGAUACAGAUGUCGUGCUUAAAGUGUAUUUGAAGGGCGUUGUUAUCUACCCAUCGUUAAUGUUUAGCAUUCCUUGCUUGGAUUUUGGUAUGGUCAGUUUAGGUGUACCAAAAACGAUGGAAUUAGAAGUGAUAAACGAGUCCAUAGUGGAUGUAAAUGCAAACGUUAAAAUAUCAUCAGACGGUCCUGAGAUAAGCAGUAUUACUUUAGAGGACUAUGCUGUUACCAAUAAACCAAAGCCUACAGUCCCACAAUGGCCUAGAGAAUUCCACAUCGCCCCUCAUAAAGUUAAUAUAGGACCGGAAUCAAGGGUAUCUUUAAAGAUAACCCUAACAGCAAAUUUAAUAAGAGCUAACCAGACAUCUCUGGAACUAGAACUGGACAAGUCUGACAGCCCCCCAAUUACAUUACCUGUUACAUUUAAUGCAAUGGUUCCUGCUAUAACGCCAGCGUCAGAUAUAAAUCUUCGUGCAUGCUUUUUGGAUUUCCCUUAUAAAUGUGAUAUUGUGAUAACUAGUAAUGAGUUUUGGGGUUAUUUUACAUUAGAAGAACCUGAGGAAUCAUCAACGUUAGAAGUUAAAGUCGGCGUGAAAGAAGGCUUGAUUACACCAAAUUGUGCAUUAUGCUUACCAGUUAUAAUUAAAACGAAUGUCUUGGGAAUGCAAGAACAAUCGAUUUGUGUUAAUCUUUUUGGAAUGUCGUCACCGGUUCAAAUUUGUCGCAUAAAUGGGUGUGGUGUACGGCCUAUAGUUACUUGUACUCCAAUAGCUCUUCAUUGGGGCCAAGUUAAAUUACUAACAAGAACUCAAAAAACGCUUACACUUUGUAACGACUCUCCAGUGGUGGUCAAUUAUAGAGCUUCUCUGUUGAAUCGCGAUGGUCGUUGGCAAAUUUACCCUACAGAAGGAUUUAUUGAACCAGAAGGUGAAACAGAUCUUACUCUAUCUCUAUAUCUUAUUGAUGCUGACAGCUAUACUAAUAAGGCUGUCAUUCAGUUGGAAAGAGUCAAAGAUAUUUUGGUUCCACUAUCGGCGAUUGGUGUAGGAACGAGUAUUUUAGUUGGUGAAUUUAGAGACAGAGUAGUGCUUGGAAGGCAUUUUACUAAAAUACCGUUAAACUGUCAAGUGGUAAUGGAAAACUGUGGGACACGAAUGCACGCAUUAGAAUGGAGCGAGUAUUACAAAGCGCCGAAAACAAAGCAACAUUCUGUAGCAUUCUAUAACUUGGAACCUAAAUCUUUCAAAGUGGCGGCUGGUGAGAAGUUAGAAUUGACAAUAACUGGCCUUUCCCAUAAAGUUACGACUGUUAAAGAAAUGUGGUAUCUAGUAGGAAGUGUGGAAGGGAUAAAUAAGAAGGAAUUACUUCUCGAGUGCCAAAUCAUAGCAGAAUUCGUAGACCCAAAAAUAGAAAUUUCAUCAAAUGUUUUAGAUUUUCAGUAUGAUUACGGUCCAUAUAGCGAAUUUUAUAAAUUAACAGAUAUCGUUACAAUAAGAAACGUUUCAAAAUUACCCUUAGAUUUUGAUAUCAGUGUAAAACCGCCCUUUGCAAUCAUCCAUAAACAAACAACAUAUAAAGUAUUACCUGACGAGGAAAAUCUUUGUGGUUGUAUUUGCUAUACUGAAUCAGAUUUAAAUGUUCUUAAAAUGACAGACAGUGACCCUUACCAGUGCAAAAUAUUUAUUGACUAUUUAACUCUUAAACCAGUGGAUCCAUUACGGAAUGAACCUCUUCAUUUCUUUCAAGAUAUAAAUAAAAUAAAAUUGGCUUUUAAUUUGACACAUACAGUCGAAGAACGAUUAGAAGAUCAAGAAGUUAUGAAGAUACAAGUUUUAUUUGAUACGACAAAACAUUUGUCGCUAAAAUCUCGUGUUUACUGUGAUUUGUUACGAGUUAAAUUUAAGGGCCAUAAAAAUAAAGAUGUCAUUAAACUAAUUGGAAAAAUAAACUUUCCAAAUGUGCUCAUACUAACUCCGCGAAUAGAUUUUCAAUGCGUUCUUAAUGGAAGUAUUGAGAGUAAAACUAUUAAGAUACAAAAUGUGACGCCCUUACUCGUAUGCUAUCAAUUUAACUGGAAAAAGUAUUGUAUCUUGGGGACAAAACUGCCAGAUCGAUCCGCAGACACCGUCUACAAGAGUUCAACAGAAACUGAAGCUAGUACUGGUAGAAGCGGUGGUGAAUUGCAUGAAAUAUUAGCGUGUCGAACACCUGUGGGAUCAGCUGUUGAUAAUAUAGGCAAAGAGAUUAUUGAAAAAAGUUUCAUAUCGACUACUCAGAAUGAAGUGCCUCUUGAAACGAUAUCAGUUCUUAAUGAAGAUAUAACACAAGACAUUAAGUUCAAAAAAUACGUAACAAUGAAGACUAUUACACCGAUGGUUGAUGUUGAUUACGAGUCUGAUUUUGAAUGGAUACAUAAGUUUUCAAAAAAAGAUAAAAGCCCAAACAUUUGUAUUAAUGACGUGCUACAGUUAACCCCCCAUCGUGGGCUACUAAAACCUAAUGAGGUGGAAUUCAUUCAUGUAAUUUUUAGGCCUAAUGUAAAUAUGAAUAUUCGUGCUACUUUAGAGUGUGAAGUACUGGGUGGACCAGCUGAAAGUAUACUAGUUACCGGCCAAAGUUCAGAUUUGAUCUACAAACUUAACACAGGAAAGAUAAAUUUCAAAAUAAGGUCCUUUCAUGAAAAUGCCUUUGAACAAUUGAUAUUGACAAAUGUGUCACAACUGCCUUUCGAAUAUAAAACGUAUUUAAACGAACCGAAAUGGGAAAAUGAUUUAUAUGGUACCAUACUUAACGUUAUUCCUGAUGGUAAAGUUUUAGAGCCAGAAGAGUUCAUUAGCGUUAACAUUGAAGUAAGACCUGGUGCCAUGGGUUAUUUUGGUAGUACCUUUGUGUUGGAAGUUGGUCAUCUUCCUUUUAUACCUAUUGAAGUUUUUGGAUGGGGUGUUAUACCACAAGUCUAUAUUUCAUUGCCACGACCAGAAAUAGCCAAGCUUAGUCCAGAAGUUGGGUACCAAGCAAUUCCUACACUGACCGAAGAAUAUUUGGAGGCCAUUAAUGAAAUAUUUAUGAAUCGCGUGACAGAACACCUAAAUUCACCAUUUACAGAAAAAUGUUUUGAAGACCCAAUGUUUCAGAAGGAUUGGUUUAUAUGUUCUACAUGGGAUGGAUACCCGUCUUCCAUGGACAUUGAACUCGCGAUUGAACGGAUGCUACUGAUAAAUUACAUUAAAUUACGACCAGACAUUCUAAAUGUCUAUUCUACUACAUCGAAAAUGAUACCGAUACCAGGUUUUCAGACAACACCGUACGUUAUUGAUUAUGGAGUUGUCAUAACUGGAAGUUGCGUUCACUGCUGUGUAGAUAUUAUUAAUUACGGACCUAUUGUCAUCAAACUACAUUUUGCGAAAGGGACCCAAGUUCCUAUAUGGCUCGGAUUAAAAUUGUGUGGAAAGUUAAACCCAGGGGAAUCUGGAAAAUUAGAAGCCACAUUUUCUCCAACAUCAAACGAUUUUACGGAAUUAGAACAAAAUGUCGAAACUUCGUUUAAUAUUGACGUACCAUACGGCGUAACUAUUCCAAUUCAAAUAAAAGCAUUGUGUGCUGUUCCCUAUUUAAUGUCUAAUGUAAGAGCUAUCGACUUCGGUACAGUACGAUGCGGUGACAAAGUCAUAUCUUCCAUACCCUUAAAAAAUAUUGGAAAACCAACAUGCAUAUGGUAUGUGACUUUGAAGUCUAAAACACCAGGCCCUAAUCCUAUGACAGUCCUUGAUAGUUCUGGAAAGUUUGAGCCAGGGGAAGGAGGCUGGCUUAGUAUAGCUUUUAAACCUAUCAUGGAGCUGCCGUACGAAGGUCUUCUAGUUUUCAAAUUCCAUAUGAACCCAAAUCGAAUGACUAUACCGGUGUCGGGGCAGGGUAUUGUGCCACAGGUUCACAUUAUUGGACCGAAUGUUAGUUUCCCGCCAACUCUACCCUGGGCUGAAACCACAGAUAUUUAUUUUGGAUUGACGAACCCAUGUCCGUUUCCGAUAGAACUCAUUGUGGCGCAUAGUGAUGUAAAUUGGAAUGAAGAAGAAGAAAUAUAUCAAUUGCUUAAUAAAUACUACAAUAAGCCGGAUGAAAUGUUGGUGAAAGCGAUACGACCAGGGGCGGGUAUGCCCGAGGCAAUCAUGAAUUUUUAUAUCAGAUUUAAAGAAAGAGUAAAAAGGUGCAUCGAAGAAGAAGGUCAGAUGUCCAAGAUUACAACAAAACAAACUGCCGCUGCCAAAAAAUCCAAGAAUAUUAAGGGUCCUGUAUCAAAGACCACUACACGAGAUAAUUUAAGUCCAAAAAAGGCACGAACUGAAGCUGAAAUUAUAAACGAUAUUAUUGGCUCCUUAAAAGAAUCUAAAGUAGAUCCUUUGAAGGAAUGCAUCGCAGCCUACGAAGCUACAUCGACAGCUGAUGACCAAGCUGAUAAUCAUGCUAAAGGAAUUUUAAUAUUCUUUCACGGUUCGCCUUGUGAAGAAAUAAAUUGCCAAGAGAUGGCCUAUUCAACGGGCAAAGCACUAGGAAUUCCUACAGUCAACGUUGACAUGUGCGUUGUGGAAGCAUUAUGUACAAGCACUUGUAAUGCAAAACAGGUCAUACUAAAUGCAGUUAAUGAAAUGUUCGAUGUGAUACAUAAAUUUAAAGGGGACGAUGAGAAGGAGACAGAAAGUGAAGAUUUGUUUAAAGAAACUGAUGACGAAUUCGACAUAAUAUGGAAGAAAAUAGAGUUUUUGGCGAAUAGUAAAAACAUAGCAACUCCGCGAUCUAAAGCAAGUGAUAAAAAGAAAAAGAGAUCUUCAACAUCUUCUAUAACUUCACAUUCAGCAGUAGGAGCUAUGGGAUCCACUACAAUGUUUCAAAUGGAUUUAACAACCGAACUCUUAACGGACUUCUUUAAGCAUCCAAAGUUUAACCGAGGGUUCAUCGUGGAUACAUUAACGAGUAUCGUUUUCAAAAGUCCACCUUUAACACUAACUUCCGUCAUUAAGUGUAAAAGUAAUAUAUGGAAUAUACAUUUAGUGUUGUGUCAAUCAGAUUUCACGAAAUGGGCUCAAAGCCAUGAGGAAACACAGCGAGAACAUGAACAAGUAGAUGAAAACGCAUCCAAGAUUUACGACGAGACAGAAAUUGAAAACAUUAUAGAUAGCUUUGAGGACAUGGAUGAAAAUGAAUUUGAAAAUGCUAAUCCGGAACAUAAAUCCAUUUAUAUUACAUAUGGCUUAGAAGACAGAAGGAGGCAAUACUAUGAAAAACAAGGACACCCAGGUGACUACGUCAAACUAGAAAAGAGUGGUCGAGAUCGCAGUAAAUCAUUACUGGUUAUUGAUAAUGAAUCGAAGAAAAAGAUGAAAAAGGAAGAUACUAAAGCGAAACCCACCAGUGAAUAUUUAUUAAUGAGCACAAAAUACAAUGAAUACUCCAAAAAUACUUUCGAGAAUUUAGUCAAUAUCGCAAAUAAUUGGAUAAUAGAAGAGGGCGAAGUGGGUUUUCCAUUGUACGGCUUUAGUGGUCAAAUCGUUGGAUCGUCUCAUAAGAAAUUGAAGAAAAAAUCCGAAAUUCAACUUCAGACUUCCGAAGUCAGUAUUUGUGAGAGGGGAUUUCCGUUGACUCUAAUAUACUGUCCAUGUUUACGUUAUAAGACAGCGAUCGUUAACAUGUUUUUGGGGUCUGAAUUGGUUCGGGACGCCUUACGCGAAGAUAAGGAGUAUGAUAUAUUGAAUUGUCCGAUUAAUUUGAAAGAGUUUACGGUUCUCUUGCCAAAAACCUUUCCUUUGAUGAACCAUGAAGACCCGUUACGUUGGCAAUAUUUGGACGAAUCGCCGAUUAAAAAAUGUGAAUGUAAUCCUCUUACGGAUUUAAAUUUGUUGGAUGAUACGUCACAGGACAAUGUGCUAAAUAUACUCUCUAAAUGGCAUUGUUCUUGUGGUAAAAAGGUUACAUCCUCUCAGACAUCGACAAGUGAAAUACCAUCUAUGUCCAUCGACAAAACAUCGGAAGAUAAUCAAGAAGAGAUGUAUCCGUUACCUCUUCAUAGUGUUAAAUGUACUUUAGAGCGUGAUAGCCGAAUAGUCCUUGAGCCUGGUGAUCUCGUGAGAUGCAAAUAUUCGUUCAGUCCACAAUAUGAAGGAAAUUACGCUGUCAAACGCUUUGUCGAAGUCAGUGGAUGGCCAGCCUCAAGAAUAGAUAUAAAUGUUUCGGCAAUUUGCGAUUUACCAAGGUUGGAUAGUCGUCCUAAGAAAAUGUUUGAGAACUUCGUUCGUCGCUCGGUAGAAGACAAAGUUUACAAAGUGACUUAUAUUGACGAUCAAAAGUUAUUCGAGUUUGGGCCCAUAUUUAUUGGUGUUAACAGAAUAUAUGAAGAGCAAUAUUCAAUUGAAUUGCGAAACUCCUCACUAAUAACAGCCGAUGUCAUUGUUGAAUUUUUGGAAGAAACGAGCGUAUUUCAAAUUGAUAAAACAUUUGUUAAUUUGGAGCCUGGAUGUCGAGAAAAAGUGACCGUGUCUGCAGCACCGGCUGAUUUAGGAAUACAUACAAGCGUCCUAUUGUUUUGUGUUAAAGAUAAUCCAGAAAUAGUUACAGUUAAAAUUGCUUGUAACGGUGUCGUUCCUGUGGUCGAAAUACUGCCUUUGACAAAAUCUAUUGAAUACGGUCGCCAUUUGCUAUAUCGAAAAGAAGACGACAGAUUUAUCGUUAAAAAUGAUUCGAUUUUACCCAUUAUGUGGCAAAUUCACAACCCGCAAGACUUCGUUGAAGAUUUUAUAAUCGCUCAGACAUCGGGUAUUGUACAACGACAAGAUAAUCAAGUUGUGCCAGUUACAUAUAUCGCCUGUAGAGUUGGCGUAAUAUCGCACAGGGCUCUUACAGUUGAUAUAUAUGAUGCUGAAGGAAGAGGUAAUCCAAUGAUAGUUGAUGCAUUACAUUUAUCCGCGGAAUGCUACGAUGUUAUGGUGGAAUGUGCAUAUGAAAAUCCCAGUGAAAAUUUCCUUAAUUACGGAAACGUCAAAGUCAAUUCCACGGUUGUUCAGGAAAUGUAUCUUUUGAAUAGAGGAAAAUAUAAUAUUUUCUACAAGUUAAAAAAGGUCAAGAAUUUCCCAGAGCCAUCAUUAUUAAAGUCAUUUGAAGCGAUCCCCGAGUGCGGUGUUGUACCUCCCACAGUAAAAUUAAUUAAUAUUGAAUUUGAAUGCACGCCCACGACAUCCAUGAAUUUAGUCAACGUCCCUGCCUAUAUUUGCUCGUUGCUGGACGGAAGCAAAAAUCAGGUGGUAGUUGCGAAGUUUCCGGUUUGCGUGACCAUUGCAUCGUUUUAUAAUACAUUCACAUUAUUUCCUCUCGGAGAAUUGAAUUUCCAUAUAAUACCAGUUGGUAGUGGAGUGAUGAGGGAAGUAAUAUUAAAUAACACAAGCAAAUGUCCAAUAACAUACGAAAUAAUUUUACCUGAGCAAUAUCAGUUGGACCCUGACGCUCAACCUGCAGCCAAACUUAAGGAUAAUAAGAUCAAGAAUCCACCUUUGAAGUGUGGAAACUUCUUCAUAAUGAAUGACGACAACCUCCUUGCGCCGGGAACGAGUAGAACACUUCAGAUACAGUUUAUGGCAACGGCGGCCAGGACCUUUGAAGAGACAAUUAAAUUUAUUAUAAGUGACACGUGCCCAGCGGAAGCGUGUGGUGUGCCACUCAGAUUAGUAGGCACAGGCGCCAUGCCAACAUUAGAUUUUUGGAAUAUCGAAACAACUUUUAGAGAGCAUUUGAUUGUGAAAUAUCUUUCGGAUUAUAAAGUGCCUGAGUCUUCGCCACACUGCGUUUUCGUGGAAGAUUCAGUAACUCUACACUUCUAUGGAGUAAAUGUCAACACAAGUUAUACAGCCUCAAUAGACUUAUAUAACAGUGGCUUGGUAGCAUCAGCUCUUACUAUGAGGCUACAUUAUCAAUCUAAUUCAAGUUUAGAUAUAUUCUCCCUGGACAAGUAUCAAACGCAUAUUGAACCGCUGCUGCAUAAAAACUUGGGAAUCAUAUUUAGUCCGAAAAGAAUUGAACAAUACAGGGCGGUGUUGGAAAUAAAACUUAAGCUUCUCGAUAAUCAAGAGAAGUCUUUCAAAGUAUGCUUGAUCGGUGAUGGUGUGAUACCAAGAAUCCGUUUAUUAUAUCCACAACUUCGCCACCACAGAAUAGCCCUGCUACAGUUCCCUGUUACGUGUUUGGGAUCGAUAACUAAACAACAAAUUCGCUUUAAGAAUAUAAGCUCGGUGAAAAGCAAGGUAAAGGCCGACGUGUUCUGUCCACAUAAAGAAGAAAGGCCCAUAUUCUGGAUAACUUCAAACUUUAGUAAUUUUGAUAUGGACUACGACGCUAAAGAUAUGAUGGCUUCGUCAUUAACGUUAACAUUGUGCCCUAAGGAAGUUUGUACAAUACAUAUUCACUUUAAUCCAAUUCGUAAAGGAAGGGUCUCGUGCGAUGUUAAGCUCACGAUAUUUGAAAAUCCUUACGAAUUUUUUGUUGUAUUAUGUGAAGCUGAAGCUUUUAUGGAAGAUGUAAUAAUAGUGGGUCUUGAGAUGCUCUCCAUGGAGUUGGACCUCGAUGCCUUCAAGUCUGGUGAAGGUACUGUAUCGACCGCAUCUACCUCAGACACUCGAAAGAAAAGCAAGAGUGCGGCAGUUCCCAAAAAGUCAAAAAUAGAAAUAAAGAAAAGUAAAAGAAUAUCGCAAGCAUCGGUGAAGCAUAGUGAUACCACGAGCAGUAUUGAGCACUCAUUGCAAAAAUAUUUACUUGAUUUUGAGGGCUGUGAAUUAUUUGCGAUUAAGAAACGGACAGUUAUAAUGGUAAACAAUUCGGAGAAACUAUACAGGUUCAGUUGGGAAGAAUCUGAAUUAGUUGUGGUUAAACCUUCCAUUGGUUACAUAUCACCCGGCGAAGAAAAAGACUUGGAAAUAAUUUUCUUCUCUCCCAAGCCAAUUGUAUUGAAAAAGGAAUUCUUAUACGUGACGUUGAUGGGAGUUAUUGACGAUUCCUUAACAAUGGAUAUAAAAGGAUCAACUUGGGAUAACAGACAGACUGUGACUGCUUUUGAUCAUAAUGAAUUUGUAGGUAUCAACGAAAGAUACCAAGCAGUAAUCGACGAACAGUUUCACAUAUCGCCUGAAAACGCGUUGGAUAUAAUACAAAUGGUUGUGGUUUAUUCUGCGACGGCCGAGUAUACUAAAUACAGUUGUGAUUUGAAGGAGGAAUUAAAUAUGAACGAUACGUUUAUAUAUCAAACAAGAACAGUUAAUUUCAAAGUGCGUAACACAAGCAAAGUACCAAUGAAAAUAUUGUGGAACUUCGUUAUUGACGACGAAUUUCCGUCAAGGAUUGAUAAAGAAAAAACUGAACUGAAACCCAAUAAGGAUGACGAAAAGGAUAUAAUCGAAGCAAGUCAAAUUACAUUAUUUAGCGAAAAGAGCAGCAGAGAGAGCGUCGAUACGUGGUUUGAAGUCGACCUGCCGUUCGCAAUAGAACCUCCUAAACAAUGCUUAAAGCCAAAUCAGAAUUGUACAUUCAAACUAACGUUUGCACCGCUAGAUGCAUUUUCAUAUAAAGUGAGGCUAAAGAGUUUUAUUGAAAAUAUGGACCCAUAUGACCAAAAUAUAUCCUGUAAAAUAUCAGCAAAAUCUUUGGUCCCGUAUGUGCACUUGGAUAUUGAAGAGAGUGAUUAUUUGACUUCCGGAAAACGGAAAGGUGCCAUCGCACUUCCGCCACACGUCACUGUGUUAGAAUUCAACGUGUUGGGAUCCGGAUGCUAUAAAAAAGACUUCAAUGUUAUAAAUCCUACGAAUGAGGGCUACGAAUUUAUAUUCGAAAUGCUGAUUUCGGAAAAACCAGAGCUGGUUCCCGUACACUGCAAUAAGCUUAAGGGUUUUGUAGAUGGUGGAACAUCUACAGAAGUCGAGUUCACUUUUGCACCAACUGCUCCAGGGAUUUAUGAGUCACAGUGGAAGUUUCUUAUCCCCGUUCAUUCGAUAGUGAUGAACCUACUCGUAGUUGGAAUUGUAAGAGAGCCAGACGUGUUGUUCGUUCCAACUAUAUUAUUGAUACGUAACUCGUUAGUGGGAUUUACUUCGGAAAAUGUUGUCAUUUUGAAAAACAACGAAAAUGAAUCGUUGAACUAUGAGUUUAAAGGGAAUUCACUCUGCAAUGAAUCGGGUAAAACACCAGUUGUAGUUGAGCCAGAGAUGGGUGUUUUAAGAGCUCGAUCUGCGACCGAAAUCAGAAUUAUUUACACGCCUAUACAAGAUGGACCUCUGUCGUUUAAAAUAUUCUGCAAUAUCCAAUAUUUGACGACAGUUCUAACUCUUUGUGUCAACGCACUCAGCCAUUCGAUUAAACCGAAAAUUUUGUAUUAUUUGAUUGGGAAUGAACAUGUUUUGAACUCUGAUGCAAUAACAAAUAUUCAUCUUGAUCAGACUGCCUCAACAUACCAGAGGACAAUACCGUUUACAAUAAAAAACGACGGCUCCGCCACGUUUUUCUUCGAGUGGCAGUACACCUGUAGCGCAGUUAAGAAAUAUUUACAAGUGAGCGUUGAGCCUAACUCUGGACACGUGAAGCCGGGAGGAGAAGUCGACUGUACGGUGUACUUUACGCUCAAACAAGUCCCGGUGCAAGCUUUUCCUAUGACAUUAUCGAUAUCGGACGGACCAGAAUACAGCAUAUUGCUUCAUGCGGAAAUAUCAAAACCGACAUACCACUUUUCAUGUAUGGACUUUGAUUUUGGCAAGUGUAUCGUAAACGCUCCGGAUGCGACAUACAAAAAGAAUAUAGCCUUCGAAAACGAGGAUUCAUCACCUAUAAUUUUAGAUUUGAAUUUCUCGAACAUACCGGAGCUUUUUGUAUACUACCAAGAGGAGACACACAUAGAACCUGGACGAAGAAUGAAGAUAUCGAUAUUUUUCCGACCAAAGCAAGUUAAACUAUACGAAUUCAAACUUCACUUUUGGGUAAACUCCUUGUGCGAAGAAAUCGUUACUAUUAAAGGAGAAGGAGUUCCUCUUUUAUAUGAUCUGUAUGAGGGUUGCCAAAAAAGUUUUGACCUAGGAGCGGUGAAAGUAGGAGACAAAAUCGUACGACAAAUUGAAGUUAUGAAUCAUAGCAAAGUGUCGAUAGAUGCCACUUUCAUUUUUAAAGAUAUUUAUGGUGUGACUGAUGAUGAUACGAAGUCAGAGGGGACUAGCGUGUGUCUGAGUCCAAGUACCGUCUUACCUCCUAAUGCUGAGGGAGAACUAUCCAGAGGAAAAAUGUUGCAACAAUUCAAAGAUGAAAAAAUACGCGAGCAAAUAUCUAUGGAUGUACAAAAUGCCCUUAGUUCGCUGAAAGUUAUACCGAACAAGUGUACAAUAAGGUCACACAGAAAAGUACCGAUAAAAAUUCAGUUCAAACCCAUUGGAAUGAUUAGCAAUCUUAACGUACAGUUGAACAUGAAAGUUUUUCACUUCGAGAGGCCGCUAGUGCGUUUGAGUGGCUGCGCAACCGGCAUGAGUCUAAGCUUUAGUCAAAAUUCUUUACAAUUUGGUCGAGUUCGGAAACGGGGUUGCAAGAUUCUUAAGGUUAUGUUGCAGAAUAAAGGUGAUUUCGGUGCAAGGUUUUGGUGGCAGCCACUUAAAUCCGAUGAGUUUCAAAUAUCACCGAGCCAAGGAACAAUCGCAGCACGCACGAAUGUCACAUUCACUAUUACAUUUCGUCCUGUGAAACAUAAUCCCUUUAUUAAAGUAUGGGCCAGCUGCAAUAUCGAAAACUAUCCGCCUCUCGAAUUAGCACUGUACGCAACAUGUGUGGAUAUUGGAAACAUUCAGAACAAAUCUUUAUAUCUAGAGUGUCCAGUGAGAGAAGUACAAACCGAAUAUAUUAUAGUUACUAACCCUUCCGACGACAUGUGGCUAGUUCUGUCGGAAAUCUCGGGCGGGCCGUUUGAGACAUUGAAAGAAUUUCAAGUGGAACCAAAUUCCACCUUCGAAAUACCUGUAUACUUCAAACCAAAAUCCAUUGGCAAACAUGAGAGUCAAGUUUUAUAUUCACCAUUGGGUGAGAGUGCUCUCUUUGUGACAUUAAUUGGCGCUGCAAUGCACCCUAAUCCAAACGGAACGAUUAAUAUCUCAGUGUCUGCAAAAGAAUUUCAUACUGAGGAACUGUUUGUUUAUAACAUUACCGAGUUUCCAGAAGAAUACGUGGUAUCCUCGGAAAUUGUAAAAAUAAUACCGGACAAAUUCGAAGGGCAUUAUGAAAUUAAACACCCCGAUACAGUUAAAGUCUGGGGAGAAGCGGCCGCUACGUGUAGGUGGACGAUAGUUUGUUUCGAGGAGUGCGAGAUACAGGUCAAGGUAAUCUUCGUAAACGUGAAGACACGCGAAUACCAAUUCUACAAUAUUAUAGUAACCAUAAACCCAAGUAAAAUCGUGGAUACUCUCACUUUUGUAUCCCGCGCCCGGGAGUCAGCUCAAAUGGAGAUUUCAGUGAAGAACCCACUGUCUACGGACGCAGAGUUUCAGAUACGAUCUGAUAAAAUAAACUGUACUGACAAAUUGAUUGUGCCCAAAAAUUCUUCGACUGUUCUUUUGAUGACGUACUCGCCUUUAGUAGUGGGAGAGUCUGAAGACUUUUUAGAAGUUAGCAACAAUUUGGUUGGUUCAUAUAUUUAUGGAGUCGUGUUGAAAUGUCUGCCUGCAAAGGAAAAGUGUUUGGAAUUUUCCACACCUUUAGGCACUUCGAUACCGUUACGUUUGAGGGUACAAAAUAAAACUGAUGCGAAAACUGAAUUUGUUGCAACGGUGUCCCAUCCAUCAAUAUUGCUGGAGCGAGAGUAUACAUUGUCUGCGUUUGAGAAGGGAAAGUUCAAAGCUAUCUUCGAACCGACGGAGAUGGGCGUUCAACAUUGUAAAGUGUCUUUCAAUUCUGCCGUCGCUGGGGAAUUCGUGUUUAAGAUAAAAGGAACCGCCACUACCCCUAAGCCUCAAGGCCCGUUUGAGAUUAAGGCUGGCGGAUUCGCGAUGAUCUCAUUCAAGAAUGUAUUUCAAGACCAUCGGAUGUUCAAAAUAAAUGUCGAUAGAGAAGACUUUUAUGUUAAAACGUUGUAUGAACCUAUAAAGUCUAAAAAGGAUAUAAAGUUUCCCGUAUAUUUGAAUGAACAUAUUGUCUCUGGCGAAUACCCAACCGGUUGUCUAACCAUAGAGACGUACGAACCAGCCGAUCCGAAGGUGCAGUGGACAUUCUUCCUUCAAGGAGUCCCGUGA